CACGGGGCGGCUUUCACUGUGAGCAAAGCCAUGAAGCGCACUCACGAUUUCAGCGGCUCCUCCGACAGCGAACCGGACGAGACGAUCGAGGUGGUGGAGAAGGAAAGCGCGGACGAAAACGGGAACCUGAGCACAGCCCCGGGCUCCAUGUCCCCCACCAUCUCCUCUCAGGUCCUCGCCAGGAAGAGAAGGCGAGGGAUCAUAGAGAAACGCCGUCGGGAUCGGAUUAACAACAGCUUGUCUGAGCUGAGGAGACUGGUUCCCAGUGCCUACGAGAAACAAGGAUCAGCCAAGCUGGAAAAGGCAGAGAUUUUGCAAAUGACUGUGGAUCAUCUGAAGAUGCUUCACGCAGCCGGUAGCAAGGGUUAUUUUGACGCUCAUGCUCUAGCUAUGGACUACCGCAGCCUGGGAUUCCGGGAGUGUCUGGCUGAAGUUGCCCGCUACCUGACCAUCAUUGAAGGUCUGGACAACUCUGACCCGCUCCGUGUGCGUUUGGUCUCUCACCUCAACAACUACGCCUCUCAGAGGGAAGCGGCGAGCAGUCUGCCCACCACCCCCAGUAUUGGACACCUGACCUGGGGCAGCGCCUUCAGCCACCACCCGCACCACCAUCACCUGCACCCCCUACUGCUGCAGCCACAAGCCACCCACAGCAACACCUGCAGCUCUGCCUCGUCAGACCAUCACCAGCAGAGCAGGGUCAGCAGCUCCUCACACACAGAAACCUCACCGCGUAGAGUGCCACCUAGUGGAAGCGCGGGUACAAUUAUUCCCGUGGUCACCUCCACCAAACUGUCCCCACCUUUGUUCUCAAUGUCGUCCUUGUCUGCGUUCCCUCUCUCCUUCAGCACUUUCCCUUUGCUUUCCCCCAGCACCUUCAGUUCAUCAGCUCAGGCGCAGACUGCAGCCAGCAUCGGCAAGCCCUACAGACCCUGGGGGACAGAGAUCGGGGCUUUCUAAAGACUUUCCUUUUGUGGGAUUUUUCUCAUCUUAAAGAGACAGCAAACGAUGAGUUCUUACUUUUAAACUCAGCUGAGCUGAGCUAUUACUGACACUCCUACAGUGGAAUGCAGCGACGGGCUUCAAUUCGCUGAAAGCCAAAACUGACUUCACACUACAUAUAAAUCUAAAAUUCCAGUGAAUUUGGCUACAUAGAUAGCCUCUAGUUUAGCAUUAUAAUACUUGAUAUAGUUCAUGUUGGCAGUUUUACCUCCUUCUCACUCUGAAAUACUGUACUUGAUGCAUUCAAUCAAAAAAAUGUUUCAGCAGUUAAUUUUAAUGGUAAAAUUAAUAUAAUUGUACAGUAAUUCACGCGGAAGGCCUGAAGACUAUUUUAAGCAUCAUUUUAUCAGCUUCCCAGAGGCUUGGAGUGUAAUGUUAUUUUUUUCCCCUAAAAAAUCUAAUAUAAAAAUUGGAUUUGUAGUG